AAAAAACAAAACAACACAUGCAUUUCAGAAGUGUAAAAAAGCCGGCAGGUAAAGAGAAGAAGCAUUCUCCUGGCAAUCCUUCCAAACAAACUUGUGUUGUUGCCUUUUCUGCGAGCACUGAACAGUCUGACCUUGGGCGAAUUUGCUGGGAUGUCGCUUCCUAAGAAGAUUGUGGUACUGUGUCAACACACUCGAAUGCGCCAAACCAGCAAGCUAUCAAAACGUCUGCUUUUAGAGAGGCGCUCGCACUCAUUGAUGAUCACUUAAUCAAGUGCAUCUGAUUAUCAGCACCCAGCUGCCAAUUACCCUCUUAAUUCCUAUGGCAGCAGUAAAGGUGGGCUUAGUUUUUCACGCUAUAACACAACACCAUUGCUAUAGUUUUUUUUAAACAUUACAAGCUACACCACGUUGAGGAGGAAAAUAAAUCAAAGAAACCUCCUAAAGUUAAUGAAUCUACCAUCUGCUAUCCAGCUUUUUUUUUAGUUGAACAGCUUUUAUUAGAUUUUUAUACAAGGCAAGUUUUGACAGAGCUUCACUGUGUGUAGACCCUGGGUUAAUGAGUUGACGCCCUUUCUAAUUUUACAACAGUAUAAGUAUGAUUCCCCCAACACACAGCUCUUUCUGGAGCAACGAUUUCAAGCAUCUCCAGGCAUGCCUUCACAAGUGGUGAGGGGACGAUUUAUGUCAACUGCUUAGAGCACACCUCUUAUUGCACUCAGUGCUCGUGUUGCAUGUGUGUGUGUGUUUACAUGCUGGGAAACACAAAGAAUUCCCACAUAAAUGUAAUGAUUGCGGAAUAUGCCUGACAGACGGGGUCUCACGUUUCCCUGCUACCCUAAUGUAACACUGACACAACCACACGCGCAGGGGUAAAAAUCACAAGCAGCCACAGUGGAGCAUCAGCUCUGGACCUUCAGGCCAACAUUGCAUCUCACUGUAGACAGCUGUUGUUUGUUAGGCGAGGCAAGGCGAGGUCGGGCACUAAGCAGCGACGAGUCUAGCCGAGUGUGCCUGAGCGAGGAGUGCCAGUUCUGGUAUUUUAGGCAGUCAGACACUGUCACCUGUCAGCGAACUAGUCUAGACACGGUCUCCCACGUGGUGCGAGAAUAAGCUACACAACGAUAUCAACCUCUCAGCGGCUAGUCAGGAGGACGGCAGUGUGUGCAGAACGGCUGCAGAGCGCAGAUCGCCACAUACAGACUGAUGUGAACAGGCAGGGAGGGUAACGCUGGGUUGUUUUACGGUUGAUGUUUCAGAGUUCUUGGAAAGUGAAAUGGGCCAAAGUGAAAGUGAGGCGCAGUCCGACACCCUGGCAGCGUUCUUGCAGGACCUUUCCUCUCAUGAUCAUAAUGAUGGUACGUCUCACCCAGGAAAAACCAACAGCAGCAAGGAAGGAGAAAUUUAUCCAGAGAACAAAAUAUACAAAGCUAUGGCAGAAUGUGACUGCGGCACUGAUGACCACCAGCUUUUUGAAGCAGAGUGGUACUGGGGCAACAUUUCAAGAGAGGAAGUAAACGAGAUGAUGAGAAACACUCCUGAUGGUACAUUCCUGGUUCGAGAUGCUUCCAGUAGGAUUAAAGGAGAAUACACGCUGACAUUAAGAAAAGACGCUUCAAACAGACUAAUUAAAAUCUUCCAUAAUGGGGGCAAGUACGGCUUCUCUGAGCCACUGGCUUUUUCCUCUGUAGCGGAUCUGAUCCAGUAUUACCAGAAGAAGUCACUGGCCCAGUACAACUCUAAACUGGAUACACGGUUACUCUAUCCAAUAUCCAGAAACCAGCAGCAGCAGGUUGUGAUGGAAGCUGACAUUGAUGCAGCUGGGGAACAGCUAAGGAUAUUUCAGGAUCAAUACAAAGAAAAAAGCAAAGAAUAUGACCGCCUAUUCGAGGAGCUGAAUCUGACCUCCCAGGAACUGCAGAGCAAGCGAACUGCCAUUGAGGCUUUCAGCGAAAUCAUUCGGAUCUUUGAGGAGGAAUGUGAAACCCAAGAGCGCUACAGCAAGGAAUACAUCGACAUGUUCCUCACAUUAGACAGCAGUACAGAAUCCGACAAAAUUCAAAACAAUUCAGAUGAACUACAGUCGAGGGUGGAAGAGAUCCACAGCAGCAAGAAGAAGUUAGAGGAGGAACUGAGGAACAAGGCACUGGUUCACAUGGAGGUCGACAGGAAAAUGAACAAACUGAAGCCUGACCUUGUGGAGCUCCGGAAGCUCAGAGAUCAAUAUCUGGUUUGGCUAACUCAACAAGGCACCAGGCAGAGCCAGAUAAAUGACUGGCUCGGUAUCAGGAGUGAAGAAGAAGACCCAUACACCCUAGCAGAUGAUACCCACCAGGAGGAGAGGAGCUGGUACGUUGGUGCUAUGAGACGAAAGGAGGCGGAGGAGCUGCUGAGAGGGAAGAGAGAUGGGACAUUCUUAAUCAGAGACAGCCAGACUCGGAGAGGCUCCUUUGCCUGCUCUGUCGUUGUGGACGGGGAAGUGAAACACUGUGUAAUUUACAGGACGUCCACCGGAUACGGCUUCGCUGAGCCCUACAACCUGUACUCAUCACUGAGAGAGCUCGUCCUUCACUACCGUCACACAUCCUUGAUCCAGCACAAUCAGCAGCUGAAUGUAACCCUGGCCUGGCCCGCUCUCAGCCAGCAGCCCAGCUGAGACACACCAGCACACACCCAGUAACAGUACUGUGGACACACCCGAACAGACACUAUUACCAGGCUCAAAACAGCAUACCGGUUAGUGUCAUCACUGCACUAAAAUAUUCAGUGCUAAGAUUGGAUAAUAAUCUAAACAUUGCUUUUAUGCCAAACAAAAGUCAUUUUAUUACUCUUUUGUUAUUAUUAUAAUUUCUGUGUUUAAAAAGUCAAUUUACUUUUCAUCACCAGCUAAAGUUUGCCAGAAGCUUUUGCAGAAGUCAGUUGUAAAUACUCAACUAAACUGUCCUAGUACAGAACUCAGCCUCACUCGUUUCCCCAAAGUGUUGCAAAAAGCCGUGCAGUGAAUUGGAUUCUGAAUACAACACUUCCAUUAAAAGAGUAACUAAAGCAAAGGCACAAAAUAUUUAGGAAAACACAAAUAACAAAAUUUGUCAUUGCAAUGUUGAUUUCAAUUAUUCUUUUGUCCCAAAGCUAAAACAAUCCAGCACAAGUUUCUGUAUUUUUAUCUAGACGCAAGCACAAGAAAUGACUAUUUUAAUGAAGAAGCCAAAUAUAAAAUAGCUUCACUGCUAUCAAGUUUUUGUAUUUAUAGUUGGCCACUCCUGACCUCUACCACACUUGUUUUAACUUGUUUGAACAAAAACAAACCAGUGUGCGUUUCUUAAAUUGAUUUCUUAAGCUUUGUAAUCAUCUAACAAAUGCAUAGAAACAGUGAAGCAACAACAAUAUGAACAGAAAAAAAGCCCAGUAUGGGACAGAACCACUUUCAAAAUAAGAUAGCCUGAAUACACACAGAGGAUUGGAUUCCUGUAUUUUAAGACUUCUCCAGUUCAACUUCACAUUUAGAUGAUAUUGAUAUUUUCAUUUUCUGAUAAGGAGUUAGAACUAAUGGAGCAAGAGGUUGAAAGGCUAGUCUAACUGCUUUAAUGCUGACUGAUCUGGUCACAUUUGAGGCUUCUUAGGCGCAAACAUGACAUUACAAAACUACAUUAAGUUAUAGUUAUGAAAACUAACCUUAAUAAGGGUCAGUAAGGAAUUUGACAGGAUUUGGACCUGCUCAGUGAGAAAUCUAAAUUUAACAGCCAUUUGAUUUGAAGUGAUUUUGGUUGGAGUCCAGGAGAUUUGUUAAUUCAAUUCAGUUCUAUUCUAUUUAUACAGCGCCAAAUUACAACAACAGUCGCCUCAAGGCAC